AUGAACAGACAAGUCUGCAAGAAGUCCUUCAGUGGCGGCAGCCAGGGCUUCUCGGGUCGCUCUGCCGUGGUCUCAGGAAGCAGCAGGAUGAGCUGUGUGGCCCGCUCGGGGGGAGCCAGCGGAGGGGCCUGCGGGUUCCGGGGUGGGGCGGGUGGCUUUGGCAGUCGCAGCCUCUACAGCCUGGGUGGCAACAAGAGCAUCUCCAUCAGCGUGGCCGGUGGCUCCCGGGCUGGUGGCUUUGGGGGAGGGCGUAGCAGCUGUGGCAGUGGCUUUGGGGGUGGCUAUGGAGGUGGCUUUGGUGGUGGCAGAGGAAUGCGAGGUGGCUUUGGAGGGGCUGGUGGCUUUGGAGGGGCUGGUGGCUUUGGUGGAGCUGGUGGCUUUGGAGGGGCUGGUGGCUUUGGUGGGCCUGGUGGCUUUGGUGGGCCCGGUGGCUUUGGUGGGCCCGGUGGCUUUGGUCCUAGUGGCUUCCCUGGGGGAAUCCAGGAAGUGACUGUGAACCAGAGCCUCCUGCAGCCCCUCAAUGUGGAAAUCGACCCCCAGAUUGGGCAAGUAAAGACCCAGGAGAAGGAGCAGAUCAAGACCCUCAACAACAAGUUCGCUUCCUUCAUCGACAAGGUGCGGUUCCUGGAGCAGCAGAACAAGGUCCUGGAGACCAAGUGGAACCUGCUCCAGCAGCAGACCACAGGCACUGGCUCAGGCCCCAACAACCUGGAGCCUCUCUUUGAAUCCUACAUCAGUUUCCUACGCAGGCAGUUGGAUUUGGUUCUGGGGGAGAGGGGGAACCUGGAAGGAGAGCUGAAGAACAUGCAGGACCUCGUGGAGGACUUCAAAAAGAAAUAUGAAGAUGAGAUCAACAAGCGCAAUGCGGCUGAGAAUGAGUUUGUGGGGCUCAAGAAGGAUGUGGAUGCUGCGUACAUGAACAAGGUGGAGCUACAGGCCAAGGUGGACAGCCUGACAGAUGAACUGAACUUCCUGAGGACCCUCUAUGAGAUGGAGCUGUCUCAGAUGCAGAGUCAUGUCAGUGACACGUCCGUGGUCCUGUCCAUGGACAACAACCGCUGCCUGGACCUGGACAGCAUCAUCGCCGAGGUCAAGGCCCAGUAUGAGGAAAUUGCCCAGAGGAGCAAGGCAGAGGCUGAGGCUCUGUACCAGACCAAGCUUGGGGAGCUGCAGACCACGGCCGGCAGGCAUGGAGAUGACCUCAAGAACACUAAGAGUGAGAUCAUGGAGCUCAACAGGAUGAUCCAGAGGCUGCGGGCCGAGAUCGAGAAUGUUAAGAAGCAGAACGCCAACCUGCAGGUGGCCAUUGCUGAAGCUGAGCAGCGUGGGGAGCUGGCCCUGAAGGACGCCAAUGCAAAGCUCCAAGAGCUGCAGGCUGCCUUACAGAAGGCCAAAGAUGACCUGGCCCGGCUGCUGCGGGACUACCAGGAGUUGAUGAACGUGAAGCUGGCCCUAGACAUGGAGAUCGCCACCUACCGCAAGCUGCUGGAGGGCGAGGAAUGCAGGAUGUCUGGAGAGUGUCAGAGUGCCGUGUGCAUUUCGGUGAUCAGCAAUGUCACCAGCACCAGCAGCGGCUCUGCUGGAAGCCACGGAGGGGUCAGUGCCAGCAGCAGCGGUGGCUACAGAGGCGGCAGCAGCAGCAGAGGCAGCAGUGGUGGCUAUGGAGGGCUCAGUGGUGGCAGCAGCGGCGGCUACCAGAGUGGCAGCAACGGGGGCAGGCUCAGCAGCGGAGGCAGCAGCUCUGUGAGCCGGAGUGGAAUUGGAUCCGCCUCUGGUGGCAUCCAGACCUCGGGAGGCAACAGCUAUAAGUCUGGCAGUGGAGGCAGCACCAGCAUCCGCUUCUCCCAGACCACCAGCUCGAGCCAGCACUGCUCCAAGUGA